CUGCCAGCCCAGAGAGACUGAUGAUGAAGAAACAUCUCUAAAUGUACCAGGAUGGUCUUUCCUGGUUUCUCAGUUUUGCUCAGUCUUUUGUUGUUCGAAAUCUGUUUCUUUCAGACCCUGGAAACUGCAGGUGUGGCGGCCUGAGUAACAGCUGCCCUUGUCUCCUAGGCUUGGGACGGACUCUCUGGAGUUUGUGUCCUGGGGCUGUGUGCUCAGACUUGACCAUGUUUGGGCAUGGAGGCCUGUCCCGGAUGGGGACCAGAGGCCGCUCUCCCAGAGAUGGGCUGAGAGCCCAAGCUUCCUGCUGCAGCUCAGGCAGCCUCUUUUGGGGUGGGGGCUGGGGGCCAGGCCAAAAGUCUCUGCCUGCUGAAGACUCCAGGGCUCCAGAAACUAAAUGACCAGUGCCUGCAGUGGACAUGGGAAAGAAGCUGGUGAUGGCCCAGAAGCGGGGAGAGACUCGAGCCCUUUGCCUGGGUGUGGCCAUGGUGGUGUGUGCGGUCAUCGCCUACUAUAUCCUGGGCACGACCGUGCUGCCCCUCUACCAGAAAAGUGUGUGGACCCAGAAAUCCACAUGCCAUCUGAUUGAGACCAGCAUCAGGGAGCAGGAGGAGCUAGAGGGCAAGAAGGUACCCCAGUAUCCGUGCCUGUGGGUCAACGUGUCAGCUGUGGGCCGGUGGGCUGUGCUGUACCACACAGAGGACACUCGGGACCAGAACCAGCAGUGCUCCUACAUCCCAGACAGCCUGGAGAACUACCAAGCGGCCCGGGCCGAUGUGGAGAAGGUCAGGGCCACAUUCCACGAGAAACAGAUUUUCUACUGCUUCUCAGCCACUCGGGAGAACGAGACCACUGUCCUGUAUCAGCGCCUCUAUGGGCCCCGGACCCUGCUCUUCUCUCUCUUCUGGCCUACCUUCCUGCUGACUGGAGGUCUCCUCAUUAUCGCCAUGGUGAAGAUCAACCAGUCCCUCUCCAUCCUAGCGGCUCAGAAGUAGGCCUCUCCAUGUCCCAGAGCUGCCUCUGCUGCUAGAGACUGGGUGGGCCCCCAGGCUGCUCCCUACUUGGGUACCCUUGCCCCUCUUCCUGCCUUCCCACUGUUUCGCUCCAUCCCAUCUCUGCUAUCUGGAUGGGCUUUGGUGAGUCCCUUUGUCAUGUCGUUCCUGAUUAAGAAUGUACACCACUUCUUAGUGCUUCAGAGAGCUCAAGGCCAGCACGUAACAUUGUCCUAUUACCUGUCCCCGCUCAGCUGACUGAAACCCACUUCCUGCCACACCACCCACCAGCCCCCAGAUGCCAGUGAUGCUCGUCUCCAUGCCUGUGUUCUCGUGGUUGGCUCAAAGGCCUACCUUUGUCAUCCAUGGCAGAUCUCACUCUCUUCUUUGAAUUCCAUCAUGAAAACCACAGCAGCUCCCAUGUAUAGAGAACAUUUAGAAUUGGAUUGUAGGAUGCUAGGUGCUAUGUAUGUUUUUAUUCCAAUAUUAUUAAUAAAUAUAGGUACGAACUUCCAUUUGUAAAAUACGUAAGUCCUGGGUGACUAUAGUUCAUCAUACUGUACUGUAUACUUGAACGUGGCUGAGAGAGUAAAUCCUAAAAGUUCUCAUCCCAAGGAAAAAAAAAUUUGUUUUAUUUUAUUUUUUUUUUUAAAGAUUUUAUUUAUUUAUUUGACAGACAGAGAUCACAAGUAGGCAGAGAGGCGGGCAGAGAGAGAGAGGAGGAAGCAGGCUCCCCGCUGAGCAGAGAGCCCGAUGCGGGACUCGAUCCCAGGACCCUGAGAUCAUGACCUGAGCCGAAGGCAGCGGCUUAACCCACUAAGCCACCCAGGCGCCCCAUAAGGAAAAAAAAUUUGUAACUGUGUAUGGUGACAGAUGUUAACUAGACUUACUGUGAUGAUCAUUUUGCAAUAUAUAUAAACAUAUCAAAUUAUUAUGCUGUACACCUGAAAGUAGUGUAAUAUCUCAAUAAAAAAUAUAUAUAUAUCACAAGAGUCUAUUAGAAAAUACACUAAAAUAUAUCAAAAUAUUAACAGUGGGAUUGGGGAUUGGGAUGGUGGUUAAUUUUAAUUUUCUUUCUCAUUCUUUUUAUCUUUGGUACUUUUCUAAAUUUUCAGCAGUAGGAAGGUGUGGUUUCAUUGUUUUUUUUUUUUUUUUAAAUAAAUACGCUUGUCUUCA